GGAAAAGGUAGUGUAUUUCUCUACUAAACUCACACACCUUUAGGUUACUCCUCCAGACUCAAGGGUUUGACUGCGCAGUCAGCCACGCUUAGGUACACCGUGGUCGGCUGAGCGACGGGAGAGAAGAGACGCAGCGAAGAGAAACUUGACAUCUAGGAAAGCACAGACAGCCUGCCCUAUGUGUGGCUCCUCUCAAGGCUUUAAGGCCUCCUCUUCUGAAUGCCCCGCAGACAUGCUAACCUCAGAGAGGUCACCGCAGAGCAUAGAAGCCGCCCCCGUGGCCAUUACAGGUACGCAGGAUGUAGAUAUGAGAUCAUGGAGCGAGGCCGACUUUGAGGAGAAGUGCACCUACAUUGUGAAGGAUCAGCCUCUGGAGGAAGAGUCCAAAAGCAAUGGCAAGACAAGAGCGGAGAUAUCCUUACCAAGAAACCUGGCCCUGAAACGCAACCACAGCUCUAAAGAAGUGCUUGGGGUGUGCAGUAAGGAGUUGAUUCCGAAGGGUACCCGUUUUGGCCCUCUCGUUGGCGAAAGCUACACCAGCAAAACGCUGCCAAAAGACGCUGACAGCCGGUACUUCUGGAGGGUCUUCUCAGAGGGUCAACUUCACCAUAUUCUGGAUGGUUUAAACGAGGAUCAAAGCAACUGGAUGCGCUACGUCAACCCAGCACGAUCGUUAGAGGAGCAGAAUCUGGUUGCUUGCCAGACUGGCUUGGACAUCUUCUUUUACACAAUUAAACCACUUCAGCCAGGUCAGGAGCUUCUGGUCUGGUACAGCCCUGAAUUCGCCCAGCGUUGUAACUACCCCCAUCUCGGACAACUAGCUGUUGAGAAAAAUGAGCAGAUCCAGCCUCGCGAGAGGACGAAAGGAAAACGAGGGCACACUGUUUCUGAGAUUCUCCGAGAUGAACCUCCCAAACCAAAGUCUAUCUGUCUCAGACCCCAGGACGGUCAGGUGUUUCAGCCAAGGGUCUCAGUUUUUCCCUUUUGUCCCAAUAUUGUCUACCCAAUGCAGGCCAACUUGGAGUCUGCUCAUGGCUACAGAUAUGCUCCUUUGUCAUCUUUGGCACCCUACAGCCCAGCUACUGCCAAAAGGCCAGCAUUGAACCCGCCCAUACCCACUAGUUUGCACUUUGCCCUGCAACCCACUCAACAUCCUGGCAAACCUGAACCUCUCCAAGAAGCCUUUGUGUCUAAUGAUGUUUACUCAACUCUCAGGCACAGUCCUUAUCUACUGCCUCACUACUCACUGGGUCCUCUGCCACAUUCAUUACCAUUCUACAGUGAACCACUGAAACCACACUUGAACACAGCAUCUGGUUUCCUACCUUUCAACAACCAUGCACACUUCCUACAUCCCUCAGGCAGUGGAUCCAAAGACUUUUCACUUCCAUCACCCAAUUCCAAACAAGAUAUCAUUCUUCCACAAAAAAGUGAGCACAAAGAUACUAAUGACCUCUACUCCAAAAAGGUAAACUACCUCAAGAAUACCUCAAAUGACCUCAGAGACUUCAAAUACUCUGCUCCCACCAACGUCUAUGCAGACGUCACAGUAUCUACCACGGCCAGCUCUCCACCCACUGACAUCAAUCUCCUUAGAAAACAUCGGGAAUGCUCACCCCCUGUUGGAAUGGCCGUCUCCUCAAAUCACCCUCCUUCCAAACCUACCUCUGCCACUCAGGGCAAUACUGAAGAUGCACUGGACCUUAGGAGGGAAAAGAGAGGACAGCCGGUCAUUGGCUACAAGACCCUGUCUUACCCUCUCACAAGGCAAAACGGAAAGAUCCGGUAUGACUGCAACAUCUGUGGAAAGGUCUUCGGGCAGCUGUCGAAUCUCAAGGUUCAUCUGCGAGUACACAGUGGUGAACGUCCGUUUAAAUGUCAGACCUGCAGCAAGAACUUCACUCAGCUGGCACACUUGCAAAAACACUAUCUGGUUCACACAGGAGAGAAGCCUUACGUGUGCAAGGUGUGCCAUAAGCGAUUUAGCAGCACUAGCAACCUGAAGACCCACCAGCGGUUACACUCGGGCGAGAGGCCUUAUCAAUGCAAGCUCUGCCCAUCACGAUUUACUCAAUUUAUCCACCUCAAGCUUCACAAACGGCUGCAUACAGGAGAGGAGACCCACCGCUGUCCUCGCUGCCCUUGUACUUAUCUUCACUACUGCAGCCUACAAGUGCACCUCCAAGGCUUCUGCCCUCUGUCCCCCUCAGCAUCCCUUAGGCUGUCACCGGAGGAGCUACAGCGGGUGAACUCUGAGAUAGAGAGGUUCGACAUGAGUGAGGACGCAGACCGGCUCGAAGUUAUGGCCACUGAGGCCGAGAUGGACAAAGGGAAUGUCAUUGAUCUCAUACAAAAGAUAGAGAAUAUUGCCUUAAGCCUCCAGGAUGUUGCCAGAGGGAGAGCUAAGCUGAGCAUCUCAAGAUCAGCAACCGGUGCUCAGAUGCGUUAUCACAGUCCCGUCGUUUUGAAACCAACAAGCAUCAAGCUGGAGUCAGGCUGCAUUUCCGAGACUGACGUGCUAAUCCAACCCAAUGAUCCUUAAAGGCCAACUCUGUCACUGUCCUAUUUGAAGUAAAGCUUUAUCUCAAUCACGGAUUGCCUGUAUACUCUAAAGGGAUUUGAGCUCAUGAAGAGUC